AUGGCUCACUUGCGUGGUGACCGACCGUUCGCCUCUAUUCAUAACUUCUUGAAGAUGCUGCUGUCGCCUCAUCAAAACAAGGCCUCGCAACAAGACCCCGAUAUGCCCGAAGAUAUUGAUGAACCCCUCGAUCACCGCUUCCUGAACUCCGGCCCUAUCAACAUGGACGACGACAAUGUGGUCUACGUGAAGGCCACCACCGCCGGAACCGAUCGGCAAGAGUCCCUCCUCACCCGUGCCCUCCGGAGUAGUCCCCUCUCGAGCCCGUCAGAGGAACUGCCCUCUCUUCAUGGAUCCAUCCACUACCGGGCCUGUCAGUACGGCACGGCCAGCGGCAUCUCGACGGAUGAGUUGACCAGUGACGGAGGCCUCACCAGCCUCUCCCUGUCGAACCCGAGUCCGCCGCUCCCGACCCAGUUCAUCAACCGACCCGUCGUUUCCGAAUCUCAAAAAUCCCCUACCAAGGAAGCCGGCGAAUCGGCUAUCGAAGCUAAUCUGGGACGCAAGCGGUGCAUCAGCUUUGCAUGCGGGCGGAAGGCCGAGGAGCCAGCACCGACAUCGCAGCCCGCUGCUCAGACGACACCCAAGAAGCCCGAAGUCGACCAGACCCCGACAGAGUCCGUAAAGCGGAAGACGACGCUCACGUUCGUGUGCCCCGCGCGGGUUCCAGAGACGCGACGCGAACGCUCUCCUAUCCGUACUCCCAAUCUUCGAUCCCGGUUACGCGGGUCACCUGCCCCGAUGGCCCGUAAGACGUGCUCGGACGCAGAGGCCACGCCAAGGAUCUCGGUAGCUCCCCAGCAGAAGACUGACUCCCCUAGAGGGGUUCCCACCCGGGGUUUGGGCAAGUUCGAGGAAUCCGAGGCUACCCGUUUUCACGAGUUCGCCAGCUCCGAGGAGGAGGAUGACGAAUGGGUCACCCAGGUUGGUGAGUACAAGGAGAAGAUCACGCUGAGUGACUGCAUGAAGAAAGAAUACGCCAUUCGCAAGCUUGGCGAAGAAGCAGAGCAGGAGGCCUUGGACGAUGACGAAGAGGAUGAUUUUCUGGACGACGACGAUGAGGAUGACGCAGACGAUGAUUCGAUCACGAGUGACUCAUCCGACCAGGAUGAUGGCAACGAAUCGGACAACGAAGCGGGCUUCGCCGAUUCUGACGAAAGCGAUGACGGCUCUGAAUACGAAUUCUGGGCUCCCGGCUCGACGACCGCGGCCACGAGUCCACAGGUGCUUGACAUUCCCCGGGCUACUCUUCCCCGGCGUGACUCGACCUUUUCAUUUGACUCUGCCAACGACAACCAAGAACGGAGAUGGCCGCCGGCGCUCUCCGCCAAGGGCAUGGCGCGUCCGACCAAGAUUCCCAAGAUGCGUCCCAGCACCCCCAACCUCCCCGACAGUACCGACUUUGUCUGUGGCACGUUCGACGAAGACCGCCCUUUGGAGGCUGCGUACAAGUCCUGCGUCGAACAACGGCGUCUUUCCAAGCAGAUCGUGAUUCCCCAAGAUAUCGACCCAAGUUUUCCGACGUCGGACCCGGAGGACGAAGACGAGGAGGAAGAAGAAGAAGAAGAAGAGGAGGAGGAGGGGGAGGAGGAGGUCAAGGAGUCUUUUGACGAAGCUCCCCGUGGACGAGCUGGGUCCGAUCAGGCUCGCCAGAUGUCUCCGCGGAUGUCACCCAAGCGUCUGGUCUCCCCUCCGCCUCGCCAGCGUAUGGUCUCUCCGCCCCCUCGUCGUCAGGGUCGGAUGUCUCCCAGGCGUCUUCGCUCGCCUCCGCCCCCGAUGAAGUUGAGGUCUCCGUCCAAGACUACAUUGGUCGAGCCCCCACCUACCGGCCGCCUGGAGGGUCUCAACAUCAGCGAGUUGGUCCAGCGGCCGCCCCUCACUCGCACCAAGUCGUUGCCUCGCGUCCCCAACCCCUUCUUCAACCGGCCGCAGCAUUGGAUGGACUGCCUCUGCGAAUCGCCCGAGGGCGACACGCUCCACACCCGCGGGCCCAUCGACAUCGUCGAGGGUCUCGAGAAGAAGCGCCAGAAACGAAAGGAAAAGUUCUGGCGACAACACUGCCGCAAAGCUGCGCGCGAGCAGAUGGAGCGACGCCGCGUCCCAGGCAAAGGAGCCGAACGGAUGAAGGAUCUCGGCCUAGCCGUGGCCGAGCGAACCCGGGCCUACGGUGUUGGCGACAACGCGCAGCUCGUCCUCUCCGUCUAG